ACUAUAGGAUACCAUUUAAAUUAUCUACUACUCUGUUUCGUGUGCCCUGAUUGGAUAAUGGGUGGGGGAGGAACCAUGAGGACGGCAGCCAAACUCGCCGGUAUUGGUGUCGCCAGGUCUGGCUUCAGAUCGUCGGCAACGUUCCCGGUCGAGCACUCUGUUCAGAACGCGUCGCGUCCGUCAUCAUCGUCCGCAGUUUUAUCACAGGGAUCUAAAGCAGCCGAGGUGAAGCCGCUACACACGGCGGUGUCGGGGGACUUGACUGACUGGGAAUUAACUGAUGCCGGCGAUCUGUUCAUGUCAGGUGGGGAGCCGACUCCGAGAGUGGUAUUUGGCGAUGUCCCUACCUUUCAGGAAGCGCAGGAAGCCACUGCUGAAUUGAAGGACGCUAUUGAUCAAAUUUACCUUUCACCUCGUUACUCUCAAUGUGAGGGCUCAUCUCCUGGUAGUCAAGUAUCUGUUGUGUCUCCUCCUGCUUUUGAGCCAGUGUCCAAAGCUUGUCUCGUUGAAGCUAUUUCAAGUCCUUCAGUUCCUAAGCAUGCCAUUCAGGCUUUUCAAUUGCUUAGCACAAGUGCUGAGGCUCAGACUGUUGUGCAAUCCAUUGCUUGUGACCCUAAUAUAUGGAAUGCUGUCAUGCAAAACCCUGCAGUCACUAGUUUCUUCGAAUCACAGCUAGCAGCGGUGGAAUCAACAAAUGGUGCUGCAAUUGCUGGUUCUGGAACAGUAGAAACUCCUGAAAAAGAGGAAAAUCACGAGUCUCACUUGGAAAAUGGUUUCGAUUUUAUGGGUACUCUGCAGAAUUUGAAGCUUACAGUUACUGAAUGGGUAAGCAGAAUGUCCAAUUUCUUUCAGAACAUAUUCCCAACAGCUGACAAAGGCAAAUCGUCAGCUGAUGCUGGUGGAGCCAAUUCCACGGAUUACAAAAAUUUCAUGGGAGGAAGUUUCAUGGGAUUGGCAAUUAUGGUUAUAAUGGUUGUACUUAUGAAGAGAGCCUAAACACUCACUAGGCAAAAUUACAAUUCGUCGAGCUUUCUUGUCGUUCUAAAUGCUUGUAGUUAUAUAUGUCAAAUAGAUUUGAAGCAACAACGUAUGAAAUGUGUAGGUACUCCUUUAUGUAUUUCUCUUAAAACAUCCGAAAGCAACCUCUGCUAUUUAGUAUGUUUCUAAUUUCAAAAAUAGGUCUGUUGGAGUGUCGGUGCACUUCUAUUUGCAUCAAUUCAUGAAAUCGGUCCUUUAAUUUUAAAA